UGCAAUCCGCGCCGGGCUUUGGCGCCGACUCGCGUGCGUAGCGCACGGCGUCGCGCUCCGCGGGCGUGCGUGCGGGGUGGCGUUUCCGGCGAGGCGGUGGCUGGACGCGCAGCGGCCCAAGAUGGACGCGCCGGCGCUGCUCGCCGCUGGGGCCCCGGCCCCACGCGGACCCCAGCUCGGCGGCGGCCCCGGCCGGACCCGCAGAACCCCGGGCUCCGCGCACCGCCGCCUGCUGCUGCUGCGGGACCCCGAGGACGGCGCGCAGGAGCCGCGGCGCGGGGAGGCCCGGCCGGCGGGCCCCGGCGGCGGCGACUCCUUCGUGGUGCUGCUGGAAGUGGCGCGCGGCGCGGCCGAAGCCCCGGGGCGGCGGGAGACCGAGCCCGAGCCCGGCGCCGCCGCGAGCCCGGCCGGCCGCCCUGCGCAGGUCCCCGGCGCCGCGCCCCUCGUGGGUCCCCGGGCCGCCGGCGGCCAGGACCUGCUGGUGCACUUGGAGCGCGGCGUCCUCGCGCUGGCCGCGCCGUCCCGCCGUCCGCCGCCCGGCCAGGAGGCCGCCAGCCCGGCAGGGGCCCGCCGCGCGUCCGCCGGCCCCGGGUACCGCUGCCCCGAGCCGCAGUGCGCGCUCGCCUUCGCCAAGAAGCACCAGCUCCAGGUGCACCUGUUGACGCACGGCGGCGGCCAGGGCCGGCGGCCCUUCAAGUGCCCGCUGGACGGCUGCGGCUGGGCCUUCACCACGUCGUACAAGCUCAAGCGGCACUUGCAGUCGCACGACAAGCUGCGGCCUUUCGGCUGCCCGGUGGGCGGCUGCGGCAAGAAGUUCACCACCGUGUACAACCUCAGGGCGCACAUGAAGGGCCACGAGCAGGAGAGCCUGUUCAAGUGCGAGGUGUGCGCCGAGCGCUUCCCCACGCACGCCAAGCUCAGCUCGCACCAGCGCAGCCACUUCGAGCCGGAGCGGCCCUACAAGUGCGACUUUCCCGGCUGUGAGAAGACGUUCAUCACAGUGAGUGCUCUGUUUUCCCAUAACCGGGCCCACUUCAGGGAACAAGAACUCUUUUCUUGCUCCUUUCCUGGAUGCAGCAAACAGUAUGACAAAGCCUGUCGUCUGAAAAUCCACCUGAGAAGCCAUACAGGCGAAAGACCUUUUAUCUGUGAUUCUGACAGUUGUGGCUGGACCUUCACCAGCAUGUCUAAACUCCUAAGGCACAAAAGGAAGCACGAUGAGGACCGCCGCUUCCCCUGCCCCGUCGAGGGCUGCGGGAAGUCGUUCACCAGGGCCGAGCACCUCAAGGGCCACAGCGUCACCCACCUGGGCACCAAGCCCUUCGCGUGUCCCGUGGAAGGGUGCUGUGCCAGGUUCUCCGCGCGGAGCAGCCUCUACAUCCACUCCAAGAAGCACCUGCAGGACGUGGCCGCUACGAAAAGCAGGUGCCCGGUGUCCAGCUGCCACAGACUCUUCUCUUCCAAGCACAGCGUGAAGGCCCACGUGAUCAGACAGCACCACCGGCACCCAGAUCUCUUCCCUCCGCUGGGAGCUCCAAGCGCGCUCGCGCCCAGCAGUGACCUCAGCAGCCCCAGCCAGAGUGAGUUCAGCAGCGUGGACCUGGCGGUCCUCUUCUCCGACACGCCUGGCGACAGCGGUGGUGCCCCCAGGACCUCCGACGGGGCGCUGCGCACUGGGAUCCUGACUGUCGAUGUGACUUCCGUGAGCGCCUCUCUCGGGGGGGGCCUCCCUGCCAGUCAGGCUGCCUCAGGGCCCAUGGGCCCCCUGGUCUUGGUGGCCCACAGUGACGUCCCACCGGGCCCGGACAGGCCCCUCGUCCUCGGGACGGCAGCCACGGUUCUCCAGCAGGGCAGCCUCGCUGCAGAUGACGUGCAGGCCGUGGACGCAGGGGCGCUGGGCUGUCUGGUGGCUCUGCCCGUGAAGAGCUUGAGUCGGGACCCCCAGGCUUUCACCUCUGCGAGCGGCCCCCAGGGAGACGACAGUGCCCCUGAGCUGCUGAUUCCCAUCAAAGUGGAACCGGACUCGGCCCCCGGCCCCGACGCCGUCAGACAGCAGGCAUGGAGCGGAGGGGCGCUGCGGCCUGUGGAGUCCAGCCCUGCAGAGGAGCUCGGACCUCGGAAAGACGCGGGACUUGGUGCGGGGACCGGCGGCUUCUACUUGCUGUGUGACGUGAGCCAGCCGGGCAUCUGUGAGCCCAGAAGGCGCGUGGCGAAGGGGCCGCAGGAAGGCGGGGGCUCAGCAAGAACUGAUUCCCGAGCCAUUCAACUAGCCAAGGAAAAAAAGCAGAAAGGAGCUGGGAGCCACACAGGAGGUGCUCCCUGCAGCCGGAGGGGCCGCUGGGCCCGAGGACAUGUGGAGCUCGGGCAGCACGGUCGGCCUGUGGGCCCUGCAGUGAAACCAGCUCUGCCUGGGCCGAGGGCGCCGCUUGGAAGGCUGGCCUCGUUCUUCAGAGACUUUGGGUACAGCAGGAUCGUCACCUGUCACGAGGUGAGGAGACACAAGGUGAUGGCCAAGGAGAAAGCCCCGUGUGACCAAGAAACCAGCAGAUCUCGAGAGCGGACACCACGGUGGACACAUCCACCCCAAGCCCUCCCUGGGCUCCUCUCGGGUGUGACGUGCAGCUCAGAGGCCGCGCACCGCCCAGCUCCACCCACCGCCUCGGAGGCUCGGACAGGGGUCUGGCUGGAAGUGCAGCUCGGACUUCCCGGAGGCCCGCCCGGGGCAGCUCCGGACAGCUGGCCCUUCGUGGAGGCACCUCAAGCCCUGGUCAGGUCCCAGGCCCCACAGCCACUUCCCUGCCGCUGCUCUGGACAGUUUCCCAGGCUCCCCAGCCUGUCCUUCAGGGUCAUGGACACGCUGACGCCGCCCUCAUGGGAGUGCCCACCGGAGCCCACCAUUACCCUGCAGAGGCCCCAGCCCUCCCAGCUAGAGUCUCAGAAGACGGCCUGACUGAAGUCCACACGUGCCUGUAGCAGUGCGUCUGGAUCACGCCCUUGGGCUUGGAUGGACUUCCGGAAGGUGGGGACUGUGUCCUGCGUGUCCAGGGACCUCUCCCAGGAUGGGACCCCUCCCAGGAUG